AUGCCACCACCGAACCGCCCACAGUCUCUCCCAUCGCCGCCUUCAACGGAUAACGACGCAGCGCACAAGACGGUGUCUAAGCGGACGAAGAUGUCGAAGCCGGGACCGAGGGGCGCGAAGAGAGUGAUGGCUGCUACGACGGCGGCGGCGGCGGCGCCGCCGCCGAGUAGGAGUCGGAGUCCGGAGAUGAGGGGUGGGAGGCAAAAGAGGUGCAACGCCGAAUCCCCCUGCAAACGCUGCCGCGACGACGGCCUCGUCUGCACAGCCGGUCACCGCAAAAAAGCCGAAUUCAAGCAGCUCCCGCGCGGCUACGCCGAAGUCCUCGAAAACACCCAAUACGCCCUCAUCGCCACGGUGCACAAGCUGUACGCCAUGGUCAUAGCAGGCGAGCAGUGGACGCUCGACUCGCCCGUCGUGAAUGCCAGGGGGCAGCCGGUGAUUCACGAUAUUGCGGCCAAGUUGGGGUGUAUCCGCCCUGAUCCGUCGAGUGCGACUAGUGGUGCUGCGAGUGAGUCUCCGGCUGAUGCGGGGGAGUUUGUGGAGUUGCAGAGGAGACUGGAGAGGGAGGAGCGGGCUGGGGGGGGGGGGAGAUGGAGAUGGGUGGGAUACUGA